GUCCUCUUUUCCCUCUUUGUUUCACAUUUUAGUAACAUAGCAUCGGAGAAGAAAGGAAAAGGUGAAAAAAUAUGAGUGCGGUGUCCGAUUCAUCCCAUGCCAGACAGUUCUUAGACGAUCUUUUACGCCGUAACUCGAUUGUUCUCAUCUCCGCCACUUACUGCCAAUUUUCCACACAGGUCAAGAAACUACUGAUUGAGUUGAAGUGCCGCUUCGUUUCGGUUGAAAUAGACCUCGUGCCGCAGGGUCUACAAAUUUUUCGAGAAGUAGUGGCCCUUACAGGCGUGCAUACGGUGCCCCAGCUCUUUGUGAAGGGAAAGUACCUGGGCGGGUAUGACGAUCUUGUGGCUUCGUACAAGAAAGGGUCGUUAUCCUCAGCCCUUGGGAGGCGUGCCUAG